AUGACCAUCUCUUACUCGGACACGUUCCUCAAACUUUUAUUCCGAUGGAAAGGCUCACUCUGGAAAGCGAUAUGGAAACACUUGCUCAUCUUCCUCACCAUGUACUACAUAAUCAACGCUUACUACAGGCAAGUGUCUCCAAAAAAAACAGCCCCUGAAUGAGGCAGUUAACCCUCCGAACAUCUCGCUCAUUCGUUUUGCUUCCAAACGACUCUUUUUGAUUUAUUGCAGCUGUCCAACAGGAAGGAUACUCGGGUACCACAUUACUUUUACGGCUUUGUGUUUCAGGUUCGGGAUGACGAAAGAACAACAGAACGACUUUAUGAAAUAUGUGAUGUUAGUUGACGGAUGGACCAAGGAGAUCCCCCUCACAUUCCUAUUAGGCUUUUAUGUGGCAAUGAUUGUUAGAAGGUGGUGGGAUUGUUGUCAGUUGAUCAGUUGGCCCGACCAUCUUCUUUAUAAUGUGUCCGCAUUGAUAAGAGGCACAGAUGUAGGCGAAUACGGUGUAAAACUGUUAGAAAGGUUAACAGUUUUCAGCCAGAGACUAGGAUAAUUCGAAAGACAAUAGCCCGGUACGCGAUCCUGACAUCGGUGCUCGCUUGGCGGAGUAUUUCCCUUCGAGUACUGGCCAGAUAUCCGACGGACGACCAUCUCGUGGACUCUGGACUCAUGACCAAGGAGGAAAUGGUCAUGUUCAAGUCCAUUCUGGUCAACGUCGAUCCACAUCAGGUUAGACUUCCAGAAAAGUUGCCUCGAAACGCUCAAUUUCAGAAAUGGUGGGUUCCGUUGAAUUGGAUCCAGACAAUGAUGGUCCGAUGCUUCGAAAAGGGCACUCUGACGCAUACGAAUGAGCUCCGCGUGCUCCUGGACGCUCUGGAAAAGUACCGAAACGGUUUUUUUCAGUUGUUCAUUUACGAUUGGAUUGCCAUUCCGCUUGUGUAUACACAGGUGAUGUUUUCCGGUUUAAAACCCUUGAAAACGAAAUGAGCAACCUGAAAAGAGUCUUCUCUUCUUCUUCUUCUUCCUCUUAGUUCUAAGAAAACUGUAUCUAAUUUCAUGACGUCACUGCAAAUGCUGACGCGAAAACUGGAAGAGUACCGACAGCGCAUCGCCAGCGUGUUCCUUUACGACUGGAUUUGCAUUCCGCUCGUCUAUUGCCAGGUGCGCGGGACAGACAUCCGAAGUAGUCGUGCUGUGCUCGAAACUUCUCUUCUUUCCUUUCUUUCCACGCGGUUCCUUUAAUUCUCUUCCCCGCUUUUCACUUUCUAAGCACACUCGUCUGUCUUCCCUUUUGUACCUGGCAUGUGAUGAUUCUGCGGUGAUGACGUGGCACUAGGGGAACACUAGGUUACUGUAGUUGGGUUGAUGCCUCAUUAGACUAAUGCAUAUUCAUUUGCAACUCGUUUCGUUUACAGGUCUCCACCAUUUCUGUCUACGGAUAUUUCCUCUUUGCGCUCAUUGGAAGGCAGUAUCCGAGCAAGAAUGAGAACGAGGAGAUCGUCGACGUGUAAUGCUUCUGGAGCCAUCCGUACUUUCUGAUGCUUUCCACUUUCAGAUAUGUGCCCAUCUUCACCAUUCUGCAGUUUCUGUUCUAUGUCGGAUGGCUGAAAGUCGGAGAAGAUCUGAUGUUUCCGUUCGGCGCCGACGACGAAGAUUUCGAGUUCAACUACAUUCUGGAGCGGAACCUCGAAGUAUCGAUGCUCAUUGUGGACGACCUGCACAAUCAGGUGCCGCCCGUUUACGUGGAGAGUUUGGACGAUGAAAUCCACGUGAGAACACCUACCGUAAUCUUUGAAAUGAGAAAACUAUCGUUUUACAGUUGCUGCACACGCACGCAUCCUCUAAACUAUCGAAUCACCCACAGAGACAGCAUCUGCGGAAGCUCAAGUUCAACGUGGAUUCGAUGCAAGUGCAGGCCGUUCCGGCAAGUGGGUUUCCCCUCGCAAACCGUCUAUUUCCUGCGUUCUCAGAUCAUCUGAACGAUCGCGACGUUUCCGUUUCGACCACUUCCAAACUUUCGUUCGCCGACCUCGAAAACAUGGCGAACGGACCGAAAAGUGUGACGGGGAUGGGAGUUCGGUGA